AUGGACCAGCCCCUGCCCAAACCUGAGCCAAUAAGCAAUCGCAGUGGCACCUCCGUGAUACCCUAUGGCAGAAAGGACAAAACACAAUGGGAGAGGAGUGAGAAUGAUGUGAGAGAACAACCCUACAGACAUCAAGGACCAUAUGCCCAGAGGCAGCAGAUGUCCAACAGCAGCUCCAUCACCCAGUUCCUCCUCCUGGCAUUGGCAGACACGCGGGAGCUGCAGCUCUUGCACUUCUGGCUCUCCCUGGGCAUCUACCUGGCUGCCCUCAUGGCCAACGGCCUCAUCAUCACCACCGUAGUGUGCAACCACCACCUGCACACCACCAUGUACGUCUUCCUCCUCAACCUCUCCCUCCUCGGCCUGGGCUCCAUCUCAACCACUGUCCCCAAAGCAAUGGCCAACUCCCUCUGGGACACCAGGGACAUCUCCUACGCAGGAUGUGCUGCACAGCUCUUCCUGAUUGUCUUUUUCCUUUCAGCAGAGUAUUUUCUCCUCACCGUCAUGGCCUAUGACCGCUCCGUGGCCAUCUGCCAGCCCCUGCACUACGGGACCCUGCUGGGCAGCAGAGCUUGUGUCCACAUGGCAGCAGCUGCCUGGGCCAGUGGGUUUCUCCAUGCUGUGCUGCACACGGCCAAUACACUGUCACUGCCGCUCUGCCACGGCAAUGCCCUGGGACAGGUCUUCUGUGAAAUCCCACAGAUCCUCAAGCUCUCCUGCUCACACACCUACCUCAGGGAAGUGGGGCUUAUUUGGGCUAGUGCCUUUUUGUACUUUGGGUGUUUCGUUUCCAUCGUGCUGUCCUACGUGCAGAUCUUCAGGGCUGUGCUGAGGAUCCCCUCUGAGCAGGGACGGCACAAAGCCUUUUCCACGUGCCUCCCUCACCUGGCCGUGGUCUCCCUCUUUCUCAGCACUGCCACGUUUGCCUACCUGAAGCCCCCCUCCAUCUCCUCCCCAUCCCUGGACCUGGUGGUGGCAGUCCUGUACUCGGUGGUGCCUCCAGCAGUGAACCCCCUCAUCUACAGCAUGAGGAACCAGGAGCUGAAGGACGCACUGAAGAAGCUGAUGCAGUGGAAACCAGCAGUGGUUGCUUGUGUGCAGGUGACACAGCUGGUGGAGUUCCUCAUAGAGCACCACGAGGAACUCUUUGGAGAGGAUGUGGCUGGUCUGGCCAACACAUCAGCUGAGGAGUUGCCAGCCUCGGGGCAGAAGCAGAAACCGCUAUGUGAGGUCCAUAAACAGCGUGCUGACAAAGGCCUCCACCUGAUGAAGGUGGCCCUGCUGCCGCAGGGAUGA